UUCUCGUAUGAAGGACACUGAAUGGGUUAAAGAACGUGUUGAAGGCUUCCUUAAAGGUCUUUUUGUUGUAACUAAUCAUACUCAAAAACCUCGAGUAUUCGAAAUUCAUGGAUUGUCUACAACUAAUCUCUACACUGAGUUCAUUCAACGUGAAGGAGGCCCAAAAGUCUCUUUGUUUGAAUAUUACACGCAAACAUAUCACAUUAACUUUAAAUAUCCUAAUUUGCCUCUGAUUGUGAAUAAGUAUAAAACUUUACAGAAUACUGAUGGAAUUCGGUAUUUUCCUAUGGAAGUUUGUGUAAUCCAAGACAAUCAACGGGUUAAAACUACACAACAGGAUCCACAAGCUAAUAGAGAGAUGAUUCGGAAGACGGCUAUUCCGCCUGCGGAAUUAAAGAAACAAAAUGCCUUUCUGAAAAAUUCUCUUCAACUUGAUAAUAGUGAAUAUUUGAAUGGUUUGGGAAUCAAAUGCCAAAAGGAUCCGAUUGAAAUUACUUCUCGUGUUCUUCCUCCACCAGAACUCGAGUUUGCAUCAAAGGCAAAGCAAGUUCCGAAGUUACCGCGUUGUUCAUGGAAUGAUGCUAAUAAAUAUUUUUCUACUGCAACAUGUGGUAAAUGGGUUGCUUUGGCUCUUUUCGGUACACAACAGGAUGCUAUCAAUAUGGAGCAGUGGACUGAAUUUGUGAAGCGAUUUCGUUCCGUCCUUGCAAAAAAUCGAAUGAACUUUGCCGAGCCUCAGAUCCUUGUUCGCCAAGCAACUGGUGCGGAUCUCAAAUUACUCAUUCAGGGGUACUACGAACAAGGUUUUGAGUAUAUGUUAAUUGCUCAUCCAGAUAAUGCAGAUCAGAUUCAUCAUGCCAUGAAGUAUAUCGAACAGAAAACCGAAGUCGUCACGCAGGGUGUCAAGAUGUCGACAGUAAAGAAUGUCAUCUUUAAGGAUCGUUUUCUGACAUUGGCGAACAUCAUCCACAAGACUAAUGUAAAGAUGGGAGGACAUAAUUAUACGAUUUCUGUUUCUCCGCAAUCUGAUUUAUUCCCAAUUUUUGGGGGUAGUACUUUAAUUGUUGGCAUUGGUUCAAACCAUCCAGCUGGGGGGUUAGCCACGCGACCUGGUGUGCAACCAACUGCAGAAGGUGACAAAAAUGGAAACGGUAAGAAUGGAAAUGGAGGUAAUGGAAAUGGUGAACAUGUACACCGUAUAACUGUGCCAUCUGUUGUUGGAGUAUGUUUUUAA